AUGCAGGGCCAGCACCGCUGCAGGGAUGAAGGGUUAGCAGUCGGGAACCGGCUAGGGGCUGGAGAAGCUGCUGGGGCAGCAGACGCGCUCUACAGGGAUCUAGCUGAGCCUCGGCUCUCGUCCUUGGCUGUGGGACCCCAGUACUCCUCCCUGAGCACUCAGCCCAUCCUGUGUGCCAGCAUCCCAGGCCUGGUGCCCAAGCAGCUGCGCUUCUGCAGGAACUAUGUGGAAAUCAUGCCCAGCGUGGCCGAAGGUGUCAAGGCUGGCAUUCAGGAGUGUCAGCACCAGUUCCGAGGCCGGCGUUGGAACUGCACCACCGUCAGCAACAGCCUGGCAAUCUUUGGUCCUGUUCUGGACAAAGCCACCCGGGAGUCAGCCUUUGUCCAUGCCAUUGCCUCUGCUGGAGUGGCCUUCGCGGUGACACGCUCGUGUGCAGAGGGCUCAGCAGCCAUCUGUGGGUGCAGUAGCCGCCUCCAGGGCUCCCCAGGCGAGGGCUGGAAGUGGGGCGGCUGUAGUGAGGACAUUGAGUUUGGUGGAAUGGUGUCUCGGGAGUUUGCCGAUGCCAGGGAGAACCGGCCAGAUGCCCGCUCUGCCAUGAACCGCCACAACAACGAGGCUGGGCGCCAGGCCAUCGCCAGUCACAUGCACCUCAAGUGCAAAUGCCACGGACUAUCCGGCAGCUGCGAAGUGAAGACCUGCUGGUGGUCGCAGCCGGACUUCCGCACCGUCGGGGAUUUCCUCAAAGACAAAUACGACAGCGCCUCGGAGAUGGUGGUGGAGAAGCACCGCGAGUCUCGUGGCUGGGUGGAGACCCUGAGACCGCGAUACACGUACUUCAAGGUGCCCACAGAGCGCGACCUGGUCUACUAUGAGGCCUCCCCCAACUUCUGUGAGCCGAACCCAGAAACCGGCUCCUUCGGGACGCGCGACCGCACCUGCAACGUGAGCUCGCACGGCAUAGACGGAUGUGACCUGCUGUGCUGCGGGCGCGGACACAACGCACGCACUGAGCGACGGAGGGAGAAGUGCCACUGUGUUUUCCACUGGUGCUGCUACGUCAGCUGCCAGGAGUGCACACGCGUCUAUGACGUGCACACCUGCAAGUAGGAGGGUUCCUAAUGGAGGGAGCAGGGCUCAUACUUAGGGGCAGGGUUCCUACCUGGGGGCGGGGUUCCUACUUGGAGGGGUCUCAUACCUGAGGAUCUAGUUCCUACUUGAGGAUAGGGCUCCUACCUGUGAACGGCUCCUUCCUACGGAUCCGGUUUCUACCUUUAGCUGGGGCUCCUAUUUGGGGUCUGGGUUCCUUUUUAACAGAGAGCUCCUGCCUGGGAGGGGCUCUACCUAGGGAUGGAAUUCCAAUCUGGGACGACGGUCCUACCCCAAUGGCUCAAACCGGGACAAGCGAGCAACUCCCUCAAUUAGGUGGGGUUCGUGGAUGGGCGGAGAGGAUUGGGGUCCCUCCUCCCAGAGGCUGCUGCUCUAAAUAGAUUGAGAGGGUGCUUCAGGGUGGGCCCUACUGGGCUUGGGGAUCCAGUUGGGGCGGGACUUCACCUUGAGUGGGUGGAACUUCUGAGCGCAAAGAAAGAAAGGAGACCCCAUUCCGUUGGGGUGAGGCUAUGCUUCACUGAGGACUCAUGGGGCAGAACUCCAGGGAAGGAGGAGUUCCCAAAUAAUCCUAGGCUCUGAGCUGGCAAUUCAGCUACCACAUGGCUCCUUUUCAGUCCCUGUGUGUGGAUCCACCUGCUUCAUCUAUGCCUAGCCAUGAGAAUGGCAGAAUGAGCCAUGGAGAACUCAGGGGUGAUGCCAGAUCCCAUCUCCAUACCUGGGAACCCCUUUCUAGGCACCCCUUGUGCCUGGGCGUUCCUACCCUCCUUAACAGAUCUCUCCAGAGGAAGAUUUGCGGUUUCCCAGAGUUCAAGUGGACAAGCACUGAGUAGAGAGAGUAUUUCGGGGAUGGGCGCUGCUAAGAAGGUUCUGGAGGCCUGGCGUCUUCCCAUCAUAGCCUGUCUCUGCCCUGAUACCCUACACUCAGAUCUCUUCCCAGGAAACCUUCCCGGCUCAUCUGGUCAGUGAUACCCAGGCCCCAAAGGUGCUCAGAGAUGUUGACUUCACUUUGAGUUGUAUGAACUUCAGGGGCAUUAGGACUGCAGAGACGAGGUGUCUCCUGGAGCACCCCAUGUUCAGGACUGAUCCCCAGAGACUGCUAUUGAGGCAAUGGUCACCAGGUCUGUUGGCCACUAGCCUGUCCCCAAGCUUCUCUUGCGUCUGUCUGGCCUGGAAGUGAGACACUGCAGGCCAUCUGCCACAAGAACUUCCUGAAUCGAAUCCCUGCCACUGUGAAUUGUCCCCACCUCCAGGCAGGGGAGGGGAUGUGGCCUGAUAGGAGUGUGCCCCAAGAGCACGGAAGAGAAGCAGAAGCAGCACCGUGGUGACUGUCUUCUGCCUGGAACUUUGCAUUUGGGGCUGUAAUUUUAUUUCCAAUGCUGCUAUAUCCACCAUCACUGGAAUUAGACAAACGUGACUUUUUUUCUUUUCUUUUCUUUCUAUGAAAGAAAUUAUUUUAGUUAUAGUAUGUUUGUU